GGCUUAAAAGGUGUUGCCAAACAGCCCCUUCUUCUGCUCUGUGUAUUCAAAGUUUGAAUCUUUUUCAUCUGGGCAUUUCUCAAACAUGUCAAAAAUGGAGUCUUUAUCUUCACCCAUGGCAACCAAUCUCCAAAACCCACUUCUUGAAUCUUCCCCAAAGCCCCAAAAGUUCAAGAAAAGCUUUGUAGCCUCUUUCAUGGAGGCUACUACACUGAGAUCACCUUCUUUUAAGGAAGACACUUACUAUCUCACUCACUUGAAAUCUUCAGAAAGGAAGGCACUUCAAGAACUCAAGCAAAAGCUUCAAGAAUCUCAUGACCAGGUUUCAAUGUGGGGGAUUCAGCUUUUGAGUGGUGAAGAAAAGGCUGAUGUGAUUUUUCUGAAGUUCUUGAGGGCUAGAGAUUUUAGGGUUCAGGAGUCUUUUCAAAUGUUGGUGAAAUGUUUGGAGUGGAGGAAAGAUUUUGAAGCUGAUGGUAUUGUUGAGGAAGAGCUGAAUUUUAAAGAACUUGAAGGGAUUGUUGCUUAUAUGAAUGGUUAUGAUAGAGAAGGACAUCCUGUUUGCUAUAAUGCCUAUGGUAUGUUUAGAGAUAAAGAUAUGUAUGAGAGGAUUUUUGGUGAUGAUGAGAAGUUGCAGAAGUUUUUGAGGUGGAGGAUUCAAGUUCUUGAAAGAGGGAUCAAGUUGUUGCAUUUUAAGCCUGGUGGUGUAAACUCUAUUAUUCAAGUUACUGAUCUUAAAGACAUGCCUAAAAGAGAGUUAAGGGUGGCCUCUAAUCACAUUCUUUCUUUGUUCCAAGAUAAUUAUCCUGAAAUGGUUGCUCGCAAGAUAUUUAUCAAUGUGCCAUGGUACUUCAGUGUGUUAUAUUCUGUGUUCAGUCCAUUUUUAACUCAAAGAACCAAGAGCAAGUUUGUAAUCUCCAAGGAAGGAAAUGUUGCAGAGACCCUUUACAAGUACAUUAGGCCUGAGAAUGUACCAACUCAGUAUGGAGGACUGAGUCGACCCAGUGAUUUGGAGAAUGGUCCAGCAAAACCAGCAUCUGAGUUCACUGUCAAAGGAGGAGAGAAAGUGAACAUCCAAAUUGAGGGAAUUGAGGCAGGUGCAACAAUAACAUGGGACAUAGUAGUGGGAGGAUGGGAAGUAGAAUACAGUGUUGAGUUUGUGCCCAGCGCUGAAGGGAGCUACACCAUUGCGGUUGAAAAGCCAAGGAAAGUGGCUGCUACAGAGGAGGCUGUGUUCAACUCAUACACAUCCAAAGAAGCCGGAAAAAUAGUGUUAUCGGUCGAUAACACCGCCUCCCGUAAACGAAAGGUUGCUGCUUAUCGAUACGUUGUCCAAAAAUCUAAGGGAUAUUAACAGUAAUAUGUGUCAUUUGGUUUAUGUUUCAAUAUCUGCCCCUAAUUUUGAAUGGUUCUAAGUUAUAUACUUAUGUGUAUGUUGUUGUGGUAUCAUAUCCAGUCUAUCUACUAUCUAGGAGUACACCUCAUUGUGCCUGAGUUCUGUGUAAUGUAUUUGAUGUAAUGAUUACUUAACUGAUUAUUGUUGUUAAUCUUAGUAAUGUUAA